UUAACAAAUUGUUAAUUUCACGGUAAAUUACUACGACGAAAUGAAAUUGAUCAAAGUAAAUAAUCUCGUAGUUUUGUACCACGCGUGGAAGUAUGAUCAGAUAUUUUUUAAUUGGUUUUUUACUAUGUACCGAAUCUGUGAGGUUAAAAGAAUAUGACCUCCUAGUAAUACCAAUUCCCAAAAUAAGAAACACAAAACAACCAGCAGAAAUACUUAGAAUCCCAAUGAUACACAAUAAAAAUGAGGAUCUACUUAAACUCGAUUUGGAAAACUAUGACGAACCAACAGAACUUCCAGAUAUAGACAAUUUUGAUUUUAGUAAAGAUAAAGAUUUGUAUACAAGGGAACUAGUUCAACGAAUACACAAUGGAUUCGAUAACUUAUAUGGAGAUAAUAAAAUUGUUGGUGGGUUUGAAGUAGAUAUAAAUUUGUAUCCCUAUCACGCCGCGUAUGGAACGAAUUGUGGCGGCGCUAUUAUUGACAAGCGAUGGGUUUUAACAGCUGGACAUUGUGGGAAAAAACCGUACAUUCGAGUUGGAUCAAAAUAUCUGAACAAAGGCAAGAAAGUACCAAUCAAGCGUAACUACAUACAUCCAUUAUGGGGAGCAAAAUCCAAAGAACAUCCUUUCGAUUUCGACUUCCAGCUUCUUGAACUAUCUGAGCCUCUUAAAUUUGAUGAAAACGUUCAGCCAAUAAAAGUAGCCCAUAUAGAGGACAUGGUGAUUGGUAAAGUGGUCACCGUCACGGGCUGGGGAAAUACAGAGGAGAAUGGUCCAUAUUCAAAUGUGCUGCGUGCAGUGCGAGUACCAAUUAUUUCAAAGGAAAAUUGCCAACACGUCCCAUUCCCGUACUUCCGAGGUUCUUUAACUUCUAGAAUGUUUUGUGCUGGAUUUACAGAAGGCAAGAAAGAUGCUUGUCAGGGUGAUUCUGGUGGUCCAGCAGUUCACGAUGACAAAUUACUGGGCAUGGUAUCUUUUGGUUAUGGUUGCGCGACUCCAGGAUCCUUUGGCGUCUACAGCAAAGUGGCGAAAGUACGACAUUGGAUGAAAGAAAUAACACGACUCGAUUUCGAUUAAAUAUGUCUUGUAUUUUUAAUUU